AUGGACCAGGCGAUCUCUACUCCUUUCACCCCUGAAAUCGAGCAGGCUGCUCCCCCGAAGCGAUUCUCAACGCCUUCUUUUACGCAUUUCAAGGGAGAUUCCGAUCCCGAGAGCCACCUAAAACACUUCAAAAGACUGGUUCCACACCCUGCCAUCGGGUCGAUCAACAGCUUCAAGGAGCUUGCUUAUGUCUUCACUAAAGAAUACACUUCUUAUCGGUCAAUCAAGAAGAAUCCUGACCAUCUGUUCAACCUGCACAAGAAGUCCAAUGAAUCCCUGCGAGACUACAUCAAGAGGUUCAAGGCGGAGAGGGCAAACACUGUAGGAUGUGAUGACCAAAUUGCGUUCUCUGCCUUCAAGAGGGGGUUGCCAACUGAAUGUGAGCUGUAUCGCGAGUUGACCAUCUAUCCUCGCCAAACACUGGUAGAAGUCUUCGCUAUAGCAGAGCGCUACGCAUUAUGGGACGACGACCGGAUCGCCACGAAGAAGGCUGAUCAAGUAGCUAAGCAGGCAAGCCAAGAGAACGGCAAGCGCAGAUCACAGCCUCAGGAAGGUGUUUCAGCAGCGGAGAGCUACACCAAGUUCACUAUCCCGAUACACCAGAUCCUGGCCCAAGUAAAAGACAUGCCUUGGUUGAAGAAACCAUCGCCUUUAAAGGGAAACCCAACCAAGAAGGAUACCAGUAGAUACUGCACAUUCCAUGAAGGGCAUGGUCAUUACACAAACGACUGCUUCGCCUGGAAAAGGCACCUUGAAGAUCUAGUCAGAGACGGCCAUUGCACGAAUUCAUCGCAAGGAGGGCUAUCCAGCAAAUCAAGGAUUGUGACGCAGCUAACGAUGAACCUCCACGAAAAAGGUCAUAUGGAUCAACACGAUCCUAGCUGA